CAGAUCUUGCUGUAUUUCUGCUGUCGUGGUUUCGCCUCCGAAUUUGCUAAUUCUUUUUGCCCAGCGCUUCGCUUAUAAUAAUGGAAGUGCCAUUCGCUUCCCCCGGAAUCUUCGCUCGCUUCGUUGGGCGAUCCCCAUUCUAGCCCGUCCCCAUCUCGCUCUCCUCGUCACCGUGCGCUCUCGCUUUCUCGCAAUCUCCCCACUCGCCGACCCAUCACCUUUCCUCGUGAUCUCUGCCCCGCACCCCAUACCUCAUCGAUUGCCCCGUCGCGAUCGUCAGGCGCUCGGCUUCUAAACCCGAUCCCGCGCUCUGAAUUUCACGUUCUAUGAUUCCGAGGAUCACCCCUUGGCCUGAUUCGUUCCCUUGUUAACUGAAUCGGAUACCGCCGGAGGGGUCGGCUUGAAUCCAAAGAUGCCGCGUGGCGAUUCGGCUCGGUGGUAAAUGCAGCUUAUGGAGGAGGAGUUCGGGUUUAGUUUGCGGAUCGACUUGCCAAAGGAAGACGCGUUUCCUCUUUUGCGGUCGAGUUAGGAAUCGGGUUCGGUUUCGGAAAGCCAUGACGAUGUCGUCGCCCAAGGGUUCGUCCGCGAUCAGCUCGUUCCCGAGGUCGCUCUCGGUAAUCACGGUCGCCAUCGGAGGGCUCGCCGUGUUCUUGAUGGUCGCCUCUUUGCUUCUCGUGUCUCAUCCCGUCGGCUCCAAGGUUCGCGGCUACUUUUACGGCGUCGAUAGCUUGAGCAAAAUAGAAUUUGCGGUUUCUCCUUAUAACGACAGUAGGGCCGCCCCCUCCGUUGAUAACGGCGUAGAUGUAGUUAGCGAGGUUCCGUCGUCGAAGCCUUUUUCGGAAGUACACACGAGUUCGAAUGAUUCUUUAACCUCAGUGGAGAAUAAGGUAUUGGAACAUCAGGUGAACCCAGUUCCAGCCGUCUCGUCCGGAUUGCCUUCGGGAGAGGAGGACAAUUCCAGUUCUAAGAAUGAUAAGCUCGUAGAGAACGUCGAAACUGCUAACCCGGUCUCGUCAGAUGCGCCUGAUGGUUCUGCCUAUUCAGCUUCAGGAAUUACACCGGCACAGACCAUUUCGAGUGAAGGAGCAUCUGCAAACACUUCAGUUGAGAUUGGCUGUGAUCUGUACCAUGGAAGUUGGUUUUAUGAUUCCCUGGGACCAUUGUACACAAACAACACCUGCCCAGUUUUGACACAGAUGCAGAACUGCCAGGGGAAUGGAAGGCCUGAUAAGGAGUAUGAGAAUUGGCGGUGGAAACCAUCUCAGUGUGACCUCCCACGAUUUGAUGGCAAGAAGUUUUUGGAGUUGAUGAGAGGAAAGACACUAGCUUUCAUUGGCGAUUCUGUUGCACGUAAUCAGAUGGAAUCGAUGUUAUGCAUCCUCUGGCAGGUUGAAGUCCCCAAAAACCGGGGAAACCGAAAAAUGCAACGAUGGUUUUUCAGGUCAACGUCUGUCAUGAUUGUUCGCAUGUGGUCCUCAUGGCUUGUGCAUCAAAGCUCGGAAGCAAUUGAUUUUGCUCCACAGGGCGUGGUGAAGCUUCACCUUGAUGUCCCUGACCAAGAUAUAAUGGAAUUUCUUCCCAAAUUUGAUGUGGUCGUUCUUUCCUCUGGCCACUGGUUUGCCAAGCAAUCAGUCUAUGUCUUGGACCAUAAAAUUGUCGGUGGACAAUUGUGGUGGCCCAACAAAUCUCGACAUAUGAAGGUCAAUAAUAUUGAAGCAUUUGGAAUAUCUGUCGAAACAAUCCUCUCUGCUAUUGUCACGCAUCCUAAUUACACUGGGGUAGCCAUUGUCCGUUCCUAUUCACCUGAUCAUUAUGAGGGUGGAGCUUGGAAUACAGGGGGGUCUUGCACUGGGAAGGUGCGGCCCUUAGCGGCCGGGGAGUUGGUGGAAAAUGGUUUUACGAAUAUAAUGCAUGAGAAACAAGUGAUGGGCUUUUAUCGUGCAAUUAAGAAGGGGAGCAACAAGUCAAAGUUGAGGUUGAUGGACAUCACCGAGGCUUUUGGAUACCGUCACGACGGGCAUCCUGGCCCGUACAGAAGCCCUGACCCAAAUAAGAUCACAAAACGGGGUCCAGAUGGAAAGCCUCCACCACAGGAUUGCUUACACUGGUGCAUGCCUGGUCCAGUUGAUACAUGGAAUGAACUUGUGCUUGAAGUUAUUAGGAGAGAGCUUGAUGGCAACUGAAGCUUCUACCACUGAAGUGUGGCAUUUUUUUUGUCUUUGUAGUUUGAAGGGUGACUAUGCCACGAGAAUUUAAUUUAUAUUAGGGCCAGAGUUAACUUGGUUCUUCUUCUUCUUCUCCUCCUUUUCAAAAACAUACACAAGGGUAGAACAUGUACUCCCCAAAGCAUUUUUUGUCAGAGUGAAUACUGUAAUUUAUAUGUUAGUCUCUGUUCUCAGUUUAGACAGAUAUAAGUUAGUAAUGAAAAUUAUCUGGAAAGUAUUCUUUCACGAUUA